GUGGCGCGGUGCCCGUUCGCGGCCCCCGCUCAAAACGCCGCCGAUUCGCAGAGAGAGGAGCGGCGCCAACGAACGGAGGCGCGCGGAGCAAAUCGGAGAUUCGGAGCCCGGGACCGGGCGCGCUCCACCACCACACGUGACCUCGCUCUCGGCCUCCCGGGCCUCGGCUUGGGCGCUUGGCAGGCUCCCCGCUCCUGCGGGAGAACGCAAGGCAAUCGAUCUCCCGCCCGCCUCCGAUCCCUCCUCCAUUCUCGCUCGUCCACGGUCUGCCCUAUAUAACCCCUCGCUCCGUUGGUUUCGUCGCCUCCGUUCCCCCAAGGGAGAAGGGUACGUUGGUGAUAUCCCGCGUCCCCAGCGAGGAUGCUGUCAUUGCGCUGCCACGCCGCCGCGCCGGCGACCCGCGGCGUCGCAUGUGAACACGGGGCGCGUUCAUCGUGUUGUCUUCUUUCUUUGCCCCCCGUCUCUGUCUCUCUCUCUCUCUGUUUGUUUCUUUCUGUUCUUGGCCUCAGAUUGGAUCUCUCAUCUACCCGGCCUUUCUUACCAUAGUUUUAUAAUCCCUGCAGGUUUCCACCUAGGCAGAGAUAAAUAAGAUCUGCGGAAUCAAGAAGCUCUGUCCAAGGAGGAAGCCAGCGGCACGGCAGUGCCCUCGGCGGUGAUGAAGUACGUCUCCGGGCCGUACUUCGAACCGGACUUCGACCCGCUACUCGACCGCUUCGGCACCCCAGGGGUCGUCGUCGACAAUGAGACACGCGAGGACUGCACGCUCGUCAAGGUUGACAGCGUGAACCGGGACGGCGUGCUGCUGGAGAUGGUGCAGCUGCUCACCGAUCUCGACCUCGUCAUCUCCAAGUCGUACAUCUCCUCCGACGGCGGCUGGCUCAUGGAUGUGUUCCAUGUGACGGACCAGAUCGGGCGCAAGCUGACGGACCCGUCGCUGCCCGAGUUCAUCCAGCGCGCGCUCGUGCCGACCCACCGGCCGGGCAACGGCCCGUCUCCGAGGUUCACCACGUGCCUGGGCAACGUGGUCGGGCCGGGCGGCCCCGACGUUUCGGGCUGCGCCGCGCUCGAGUUCACGGUGCACGACCGCCCGGGGCUCCUGUCCUCCAUCACGUCCGUGCUGGCCGACAACGGGUGCCACGUCGCGUCCGGGCAGGCGUGGACGCACAACGGCCGCGCGGCUGGGGUGCUGUACGUGACGGACACCGCGGGCGGCGCCGCGCUGCUCCCGGGCCGGUGCGCGCGCAUCGAGCGGCUGGUGAACGCCGUGGUGGACGCGCGCGAGAACGUGACCGGGGAGCGCCACUGGGUGCGCGUGUCGGAGCCCGCGCAGGGCCGCGUGCACACGGAGCGCCGCCUGCACCAACUCAUGCACGACGACAGGGACUACGAGUCCGGCCCGGCCCCGACCCCCGUCGACGAGGACCUCUUCAGCGUGGGCGAAAAGGCGGCGACCGCGCGGACGGCCCGCCGCGCCGUGACGCGGGUGUCCAUCGACAGCUGGGAGGAGCGGGGCUACGCCGUCGUCAAGAUGACGAGCAGGGACCGCCCCAGGCUGCUCUUCGACACGGUGUGCGCGCUCACCGACAUGCAGUACGUCGUCUUCCACGCUACCGUCGGAUCCCAGGGGCCUCUUGCCAUUCAGGAGUAUUACAUCCGGCACAAGGACGGGCGCACGGUCGACAACAGCGCCGAGAGGCAGAAGGUCUCCCGGUGCCUCGUGGCCGCGGUGGAGCGGAGGGCCACUCAUGGCGUCAGGGUGGAGGUGCGCGCCGCCGACCGGUCGGGCUUGCUAUCGGAUUUCACCAGGGUGCUGCGGGAGCACGGCCUGUCGCUGCUGAGAGUUGAGCUCAAGAGGCACAAGGACGAGGCCUUCGGCAUAUUUUACCUCGUCACGGACACCGGAGGCGAGGUGCGCGCUGAGUCGUUGCGCGCCGUGCAGGCGAGGGUCGCCGAGAUGGAUAUCUCGCUCGACGUUGUGAAGGAGGCCCCUGGCUGGCCGCCGGUGAGGAAGACUAGCGUACCAGCCCCGCCCGCCGCCGGGUCUCAGCCUCAGGAGAGGCCCAGACCUUCCCUGGGGAGCCUCCUAUGGUCACACCUUGGGAAGCUCUCGAAUAACUUCAACAACAUCAGGUCUUGAUACCUGUUCGCAGAAUGCACCUGUUGUUCUGCAUAGACGCUUCCAUUGGUGCGUCGGUUCCAAUAACUUCCUGGACCUCGAGUACCAAGAAUUUAUGUCAGGAAGCAGUACAAAACUGUACAUAAAGUGUAUCAGAUAAAAGUAAGCAGAGUGACGUUCAAUUUAUCAAGAACUUAGGUGUGUUUGGUUCGAGAAAUAACUUUAUCUAAAAUGAGAUGAUGCAUUAUAAGUA